AUGGCGGGAGGACGCGUGAACUUGGCAAUGGUGUUCUUGAUGGCUCUGCAUGGGCUGCUGCCACCGUCCACCCACGCCGCCCUGCAGGACGGGUUCUACGGCACCCGCACCAACUGCACCGUCGACGUCGAGGCCGUCGUGCGGGGCGUCGUCGAGCAGCACGUCUCCCGGUCCGCCGACGGUGGCUCCGGCGCGGGGCUCAUUCGCCUCCACUUCCAUGAUUGCUUCGUCAAGGGCUGUGAUGGCUCCGUCCUCAUUGAUCCGAGCCCCGUCAACCCGGACCCCGAGAAGGCCUCGCCGGCGAACGGCGGCCUCCGCGGGAUCGACGUGGUGGAGGAGGCCAAGAGGCAGCUGGAGGCCGCGUGCCCCGGCACCGUGUCGUGCGCCGACAUCCUCGCCUUCGCCGCACGCGACGCGGCCUACGUCCUCAGCUCCGGGGCGAUCAGCUACGACGUCCCCUCGGGCCGCCGCGACGGCCUCACCUCCGACGCGUCCGACGCCAGCCAGAGCCUGCCGCCGCCGUUCGCGCAGCUCGACGACCUCGUCCGCGCCUUCGCCUCCAAGGGCUUCGGCAUUGACGAGCUCGUCGCUCUCUCCGGCGCGCACUCCAUCGGCCGCGCGCACUGCUCGUCGUUCAGGGACCGGAUCCACCCCGCCGUGCACGAGACCAUGGACCCGAGCUACGGCGCCGACAUGCGGUCGCGGUGCCCCGAGGACGCCGGGGCGGAGGAACGGGUCGCGCAGGACCAGGCGACGUCGGGAGACCUCGACGGCCGGUACUUCGAAAACGUGCUGGCCGGGAGGGUGCUCUUCAACUCGGACCGGGCGCUGAUCGACGACGGCGGGACGAGGCGGAUGGUGGAGGACAACGCGGGGGACCAAGGGGAGUGGGCGGCCAAGUUCGCUGCCGCCAUGCGCAAGAUGAGCGAGCUCACGGGCACCGGCGAGGGCGAGAUCAGGGAGUUCUGCCACGUGACAAACAGAGGCUAGCGACCGGGGGAAUCGUCCAUCACAGUCAACUUGAUUUUAUUUAUUUAUUUAUAGCUUUUGUUUUUGUAUUUUUUUAAGGGUUUGUAAUUUUUGUUGAUACAUGUGAUUGUGGAAAAUCA